AGUCAGAACACAGCCAUUAGCCAUUGCCAUGCCGACCAUGCCAUCCCAUGCGCUGGCCCUCGUGCUCCUCCUUCUCGCAGCAAGCAAAGCAGCUUCCCAGGGGGUAUGCAUAGACCCCCGUCCUUCUUCCGCCGCAGCACCAGCGCCACCAACGUCCAACACUACCAACAGCAGCGCGUUCCGCACCAACGUCCUCACGCUCCUGAACGCCCUCCCCCAGGCCGUAGCGCCAACGGGCUUCGCCUCCCUCUCCUUGGGCACCGGCCGCGACCGUGCCUUCGUCCGCGGCCUCUGCCGCGGCGAUACCACGCCGUCUCAGUGCCUCGCUGACAUGCAAGCAAGCGUCAUCGACUUACGCGGCAGGUGCGCGUCAAACCGGAGCGCGGCAGCCUAUUACGACAAGGCCUACAUCACCUUCGCCGACACCAACGACACGAUCAACCUCUACUACGAGAAGCGCUCGCUUAACGCGCUGUACGACGUCCUCACAGUGUCCGACCCAGAAAGCUUCGACCGGACGUACAACGUGCUGAUGAAGCGCCUGGUGGCGCGGGCGGCCAGCGAAGGAGGCAACACCUCGGCGAUGUUCGCCACCGGGGAGGCGGUGUACGCACCAAGCGAUCCCAAAGGGACGAUGUACGGUCUCGUGCAGUGCAUGAGGGACCUCAGCGCCUCGCAGUGCGACUGGUGCCUGCAGUCCUUGGUACCAGUGCUGCCGACGUGCUGCUACGGAUAUCAGGGAGGGGUGGCGCGAAACUUCAACUGCCUGCUUCGGAUUCAAAUAUAUACCUUCUACGACCUGGCGCUCGAUGCUCCGCCUCCGGCUGCUCCAACACCGGGAUCCCCCGACGAAACACGCCGAAACACAAGAUUACAGCAUGUCAUCCUUGCUGUCGCCAUUUCUGUUGGGACACUAUUUGUCCUAGUCGUUGUGCUUGCUUGUGUUCGUCGGCAGAGGAAAAGGAUCAAGGCAGACAAGGAACAACAAGAUAAUGCAGGAGAGGGCUUGAACUAUAUUAGUCUCCAAGUGUUGAGGGUUGCCACAUCCAAUUUUUCUAUAAACAACAAACUGGGAGAGGGAGGAUUCGGAGAGGUUUUUAAGGGGGAAAUGCAGGACGGAAUGAAAAUAGCCGUCAAAAGGCUGUCAAAGGACUCUGUUCAAGGGUUUGGUGAGCUGAAAAAUGAGCUAGUGCUAGCUAACAAACUUAAGCACAAGAAUCUGGUGCAGCUUCUCGGUGUUUGCUUGCAAGAGAAACUGCUGGUGUACGAAUAUAUGCCUAAUGGAAGCCUAGACACGAUUAUUUUCAAUUCGGAGAAGGCACACCAACUCGAUUGGAUGAAAAGAAGCAUGAUCAUCUCUGGGAUUGCUCGAGGUCUACUGUAUCUCCACCAGGAGUCUCGUCUAAAAGUCAUCCACCGUGACCUGAAGCCAAGCAACGUCUUACUGGACCUGGAUAUGAACCCCAAGAUCUCAGAUUUUGGUCUUUCUAGGGCUUUCGGUGGAGAUCAAUCGAUGGAUGUAACAAAACGUGCUGUUGGUACACUCGGAUACAUGGCUCCGGAAUAUGCGUACCACGGCCAAGUCUCUACCAAGUCAGACAUGUAUAGCUUCGGAGUCGUAGUUGUAGAGAUUGUGACUGGUAGGAGGAACAAUGCAUCACUCGACGAUGAUACUGCCUCCAGAUCUCUGCUCAGCCAGGUAUGGGAAGCGUGGAGCGCAGGCUCGAUGGAAGAGGUGGUGGAUCCUUCCCUGGGCAGAGGUUACCCCAAGAACGAUGUGCUAAAGUGCGUGCAGAUCGGGCUGCUGUGUCUCCAGGAGGAUCCCAGCGCCAGGCCGGCCGCGUGGGAGGUCGUCCUCAUGCUCGACAGCCCCUCCAUGUCCAUGACUAUGCGGACUCCGACCAGGCCAGCGUUCUGCUUCACACAACCUGGAGUCAGCAACCCCACGCUCAGUUACCAAAGCAGCCGGCCGCGGGGUGCUAUCACCAGCCAACAACUGCCUACCCCCGUUUCAGGCAAUGACGUGACGAUUUCUGAUGUCGAGCCUAGGUAGGAUGAUUUCAAACAAGUUUGCAUCAGUAAGGCGAAUACCAACUGUUAAAAAUAAUUGCCUUUAGUCAUGUCCGGAAAUGUACAAGAUGCUCGUUCAUGCUUCUUUAGCUAGCUGAUCAAGAGUGAGUCGAUAGAUACAUACGUGGGUCUAGUGAUACUAGUCGUAUUCAAUAAUGUUUAAGCUAAUAGUGAUCAAGGUAGCCGAGUGAUUAUUGUUGGCUUGCAUAUCAUAUGGAGCAAGCUGAGACCGGUUGUCAUGUCUGUGUAGGCCCAGGUUGUUUCUAUCGGCUGCCUGUGUAUAUAAGCAUGGGGAGGUGCGUGAGUAUUGUAACGUCUUGGUAUUCGAGAGAUUGUAAAUAAAGAAAACAAUGCAUGUCAGGUCUCUUUGGCAAA